GCUACUCCCCAUCAGAACGGAGUGUCUGGGGGUAGAGGAGGCAGCGGAGGGGACGAGACCGCUACUCCCCAUCAGAACGGAGUGUCUGGGGGUAGAGGAGGCAGCGGAGGGGACGAGACCGCUACUCCCCAUCAGAACGGAGUGUCUGGGGGGUAGAGGAGGCAGCGGAGGGGACGAGACCGCUACUCCCCAUCAGAACGGAGUGUCUGCGGGUAGAGGAGGCAGCGGUGGCGGCAGGCGGCGGUGGUGAUGAUGAUGAUGAUGAGGCCGGGUGCAGCCCAGCAGACAUGCAGGAUGAGGACAAUGAUCCGGCACGGAGGAGAGAGAUCAGGAGCAAAUACAGGGACCUCAUCAGCUCUGUUCAACAGAACAGAGAGGACAUGUUGAGUCCCACCAACAACAAACUGACAGACGUGUUGGAGGAGGCCAACAAACUGUUUGCAGAAGUCCGUCAGGCCCGUGAAGCAGCUCUCGACGCCCAUCUCCUGGUGCUGGCUACAGACCUGGGGAAGGAGAAGGCCAGCCAGCUACACGCUGAGGGAUCAGCCUUCGAUCCCUCAGCCUUCGCUGAACACCUGUUGUCGUUCAUGGGUUUGAAUCGCCUGGAGGAUGAAGAUGAGGAGGAGGAGGGUGGCGCGAGCGGUGGCUACUUCCCCCAGGACUCGUGGCAGAGGGUGGCUAAUAGAGCUCAACGCUGCUUCAGGACUGCUCCGUCCUUCCACUACAUGAUGGGAUCGUUCCUGGCUGAGCUGCCUUCACCUCGCCAGAGGGUAGAGAGACAGAGGAAAGCCCCCAGCAAGGAAGUCAAGAGGAUCAUGCCAACUCAGGAGAUAAUUGAGGCCUUUAGUAUCAAUGAGCCACUGAUCCACGCUCCCAGCUCCCAGCUCCCAGCACCCAGCACCCAGCUCCCAGCUCCCAGCACCCAGCACCCAGCACCCAGCUCCACGCUCCCAGCUCCACGCUCCCAGCACCCAGCACCCACACCCAGCACCCAGCACCCAGCUCCCAGUACCCAGCACCCAGCUCCCAGCUCCCAGCUCCCAGCACCCAGCACCCAGCACCCAGCUCCACACUCCCAGCACCCAGCUCCACGCUCCCAGCACCCAGCACCCAGCUCCACGCUCCCAGCUCCCAUUACCCAGCUCCCAGCUCCCAGCUCCACGCUCCACGCUCCCAGUACCCAGCUCCCAGCUCCCAGCUCCCAGCUCCCAGCACCCAGCUCCCAGCUCCCAGCUCCACGCUCCCAUUACCCAGCUCCCAGCUCCCAGCUCCACGCUCCACGCUCCCAGUACCCAGCUCCCAGCUCCCAGCUCCCAGCACCCAGCACCCAGCUCCACGCUCCCAGCUCCCAGCACCCAAACGAGAGAGAGAGAGAGAAUGAGAGAGAGAGAGAGAGAGAGAGAGAGAGAGAGAGAGAG